CUUUCCACCAUGGCUAUGUGCUUGUCAGAAAUUUUACAAAGUUUUUAUCCAGUAUUUUUCCUGUUGAUAUCCAAGAUGAAGCCAUAGAGGGUCCAUAGAAACCCUGAUACUUUAAUUUAAUGUGCAUUGAACACAAUUGGACAUAUAUUAUGAAACCUCAUGUGGAAUACAGCUGACUUGGAUUGCAGCAUACAUGGCUCAUCAUGCCACCUCCAAAGAAACCCAAAACUGGUCCAACUACAGCUGAGCAGUUCCUCACUAAAGAGGAGCUGAAAUGCUUUCAAGCUGAAUCCUCUAAUAUACAACAGAAAAUUACCUCAGGAAAACCAGAAACUGUUAGUAGUGAUGAGCCGUGUGAACCAUUCAGUGCUGACAGCAGUAGCGAGCUUGAUCAUUUAGCCAGUCGUAGUAGUAAAAGAGUCUGUGAUGAUGGCUUAGUGCAACAACAGUUAACUGGUAGCUCUUCUGAUACAAGUGAAUACAGUUCAGUGUCAAAUGUCUUGGCACCAGAUAUUGAUCCUUGUGGUCGGAAUGACUUAACUGGGAGCAAUGGCAAUAAUAGUAGUAAUAGUAGUAGUAGUUGUAGCUCAUCAGCUGUUGUUCCCAGUAACAGUCCAACAAAUAAUGAACAUCAGCAGGUGAAAUCUGAAGCUGUCCUCACUCAACAGACUCAAUCAGCAACAGUAACACAUCCAGAAUAUUCUAUCCACGAGUCAUCAGUUUCCAACUACCAGAUAUUACGACGUCUUUUUGCCCAUGCAAAAUCACCAAAAUCUACCUCAGAGCCAUCAGCUGUUGAUCACCUUCCACCAUCCGGUAGCAAUACCACUAUCACAAGCUAUAAAGAUGAACCUUCUGAACAAGCAGCGACAUCAACAACGUCUGUAGAUGUCACUGAAGUGGCAGUGAGCAAGGGAGGUAACUCUUCAAAAACUUUGACUUCUACAGACAGUGUCUCAACUAAAAGAGACUCAAAUAUUUCUAAUAAGAAUAGUGCAGGGAUUUUACAAGCGACUCGUAAGAGUUAUCUUUCAUCAUAUAUCAAUCAGACACCAAAGCUAUCUCGCUUGACCGAAGAGCCCUCAGCUGGUAGCCAGACUGUACAGCGCCACCUGGCUGCCAGCUUCUUGCAGGAACAACCAUUUGACCUCACUCUAAAAUGUAAGGACACCCAAUUUAAUGGUGCAAUUGUUGAUCCACUUAAACAUUUUAUUUCUAAAUCAUCUUCUCGUAUUGAUUCCAAUUUUGAACAUUUAUCCUCCGCUUCAGAAAACUACCUCAGACAUUGUGAACAACAACAACAACAACAACAACAAUCACAACAAGCAACACAACUGCAAACACAACCACAACAACAGAAACCUCCAGCUCCACCGCAAUCUCUCCCUUCACCAGCACGACACCUCCCACAGCAACAAAAGAAAGUUAAGCUGGAGAGAGAAGCUUAUGUAAUAUCUACAAAUUCUGGAGAGAGUGGUGGUUCACGAACUGAUAUGAGCGAAAUGCUUGUGAAACGUGAGGAGAGUAGGCAGGAAGAAGAUGGUAGUCAUCAUGUUAUAUCUAUUUUGACAGGGAAUACAACAGUGCCAAGCACUGAACCAUUGAUGCUUUUUAAUGUUAUCAAGCCUAAAACAACAGGGUAG